CCCAUGGGCCGCGCAGCGCAGAACUGCGGGAGCUCGCAGGGCUAAGCCUGCUUGGGGCCGCCUUGCUCGCUCCCAGCUCCGCAGGCGGCCUGCGGAUCCCGAUCGCUGCGCCCGCCGUCCGAGGCAAAGGCAGGAACUGGCCCGAGGCUCAGUGGCCAGCGCGGCUCUCGGAACAUGGCCAUCUGUGCGCGGCUGGUCCUGGAAGGAGGGGACUUCCGUCACUGCGAUGCCUGAGAAUCAAGUGUGACGUUUCUCCCGGUACUUCAUGGUGUCCUCCUCCAUCCUCUCCACACCACUGCUCCACACGGCUCCUGAAACAUGGGGGAAAACGAGGACGAGAAGCAGCUCCACGCUGGGCACGUUUUCGAGAACUUUGUCCAGGCUUCCACAUGCAAAGGUACCCUCCAGGCCUUCAACAUCCUCACACGACACCUGGACCUGGACCCUCUAGACCACAGAAACUUUUAUUCCAAGCUCAAGUCCAAGGUGACCACCUGGAAGGCCAAAGCCCUGUGGUACAAAUUGGACAAGCGUGGAUCCCACAAAGAAUAUAAGCGAGGGAAGUCCUGUAUGAACACCAAGUGUCUCAUCGUUGGGGGAGGACCAUGUGGUUUGCGCACUGCCAUUGAACUUGCCUACCUAGGGGCCAAAGUGGUUGUGGUGGAGAAGAGGGAUACCUUCUCCCGGAACAACGUGCUGCACCUCUGGCCUUUCACCAUCCACGACCUGCGGGGCCUGGGAGCCAAGAAGUUCUACGGGAAGUUCUGUGCUGGCUCCAUCGACCACAUCAGUAUUCGUCAGUUGCAGCUCAUCCUAUUCAAGGUGGCCCUGAUAUUGGGAGUUGAAAUCCAUGUGAAUGUGGAGUUUGUGAAAGUUCUAGAGCCUCCUGAAGAUCAAGAAAAUCAGAAAAUUGGCUGGCGGGCAGAAUUCCUCCCUGCAGACCACUCUCUGUCAGAGUUUGAGUUUGAUGUCAUCAUUGGUGCCGAUGGCCGCAGGAACACACUGGAAGGGUUCAGAAGAAAAGAAUUCCGUGGGAAGUUGGCUAUUGCAAUCACCGCCAACUUCAUAAACAGAAACAGCACAGCUGAGGCCAAGGUGGAGGAGAUUAGCGGUGUGGCUUUCAUCUUCAAUCAGAAGUUUUUCCAGGACCUUAAGGAAGAAACAGGGAUUGAUCUUGAGAACAUUGUUUACUACAAGGACAGCACCCACUAUUUUGUCAUGACCGCCAAGAAGCAGAGCCUGCUGGACAAAGGGGUCAUCAUCAAUGACUACAUCGACACAGAGAGGCUGCUGUGUGCAGAGAAUGUGAACCAGGACAACCUGCUUUCCUACGCCCGGGAAGCGGCAGACUUCGCCACCAAUUACCAGCUGCCCUCUUUAGACUUUGCCAUGAACCAUUAUGGGCAGCCCGAUGUGGCUAUGUUCGACUUCACCUCCAUGUACGCCUCCGAGAACGCAGCCCUGGUGCGUGAGCGUCAGUCACACCAGCUGCUCGUGGCCCUGGUGGGCGACAGCUUGCUUGAGCCCUUUUGGCCCAUGGGUACAGGCUGUGCUCGUGGCUUCCUCGCCGCCUUUGACACAGCAUGGAUGGUAAAGAGUUGGGACCUGGGGGCUCCUCCCCUGGAGCUGCUGGCUGAAAGAGAAAGUCUUUAUCGGCUGUUACCUCAAACAACCCCAGAGAACAUCAACAAGAACUUUGAGCAGUACACGUUGGACCCGGGGACGCGGUACCCAAACCUCAACUCCAACUGUGUCCGGCCCCAUCAGGUGAAGCAUUUGUACAUCACUAAGGAGCUGCACCAAUCCCCUCUCGAGAGGCUGGGCUCAAUGAGGAGAUCCGUCGGCCUCUCUAGGCGGGAGUCAGACGUCCGGCCCAGCAAGCUGUUAACCUGGUGCCAGCAGCAGACUGAGGGCUACCAGCAUGUCAACGUCACCGACCUGACCACAUCCUGGCGGAGUGGCCUGGCCCUGUGUGCCAUUAUCCACCACUUCCGGCCUGAGCUGAUCAACUUUGACUCUUUGAAUGAAGACGAUGUUGUAGAGAACAACCAGCUGGCAUUUGACGUGGCCGAGCGUGAGUUUGGCAUCCCCCCAGUGACCACAGGCAAAGAGAUGGCAUCAGCUCUGGAGCCCGAUAAGCUCAGCAUGGUCAUGUACCUCUCCAAGUUCUACGAGCUCUUCCGGGGCACCCCGCUGAGGCCUGUGGAUUCUUGGGGCAAAAACUAUGGAGAAAAUGCUGACCUCGGCAUGGCCAAAUCAUCCCUUUCUCAUAACUAUCUGAACCUGACAUUUCCAAGGAAGAGGACUCCACGAGUGGACAGCCAAACCGGAGAGAACAAUGACAUGAACAAACGGAGACGGAAGGGCUUCAACAACUUGCACGAGCCUUCAGCAUUUUCCAGCCGGAGCUUGGGCUCUAAUCAAGAGGACGGCAGCAGUAAAGAAGGUGGAAAUCAGAACAAAGUCAAGUCCAUGGCAAGUCAGCUGCUGGCCAAGUUUGAGGAGAGCUCUCGGAACCCCUCACUCCUGAAGCAGGAAUGCCAUGUCUCGGGGAUAGGUAAGCCUGUCCUGUGCUCAUCUUCUGACCCUCCUGUUAACUCUCGCUGUCUCAAGCCGGAGGAGCCCACGCCCAGCCCAUCGCCUCCUCUGAAAAGGCAGUUCCCCUUGGUGGUUGUGACAGGGCAUGUGCUCCGAGAGCUAAAUCAAGUGUCUGCUGGUGGAGAGUGCCCGAGCCGGCCAUGGAGAGCUAGAGCCAAGUCUGACCUGCAGCUGGGGGGCCCAGAGAAUCGUGCUGCCCUGCCUCCUACCUGCCAGGGAGCGCUGGCCCUUUCUGGGGUUCUGCGGCGGCUGCAGCUAGUGGAGGAGAAGAUUCUCCAGAAGAGGGCUCAGAACUUGGCCAACAGGGAAUUUCACAAAAAGAACAUUAAGGAGAAGGCGGCUCACCUUGCCUCCAUGUUUGGACACGGGGAUUUCCCGCAGAAUAAACUCCUCUCUAAAGGCCUGUCUCAUACUCCUCCUCCGUCUUCUCCCUCCUGCCUUCCAUCUCCUGAUCCAGCUGCCACUUCCAAUCCGUCGACUGUUGACUCUCUUUCUCCUGCCAGAAAGCUGACGGUAGGGAAAGUGUCCAGCGGAAUAGGGGCCGCAGCUGAAGUCCUGGUCAAUCUGUACAUGAAUGAUCACAGACCUAAGGCCCAGGCCACCUCUCCAGACCUGGAAACUAUUCGAAAGGUGUUUCCUCUGAACCUGGGUGGCAGUGACACCUGUUACUUCUGUAAGAAGCGCGUGUACGUGAUGGAGCGGCUGAGCGCAGAGGGCCACUUCUUCCACCGAGAGUGUUUCCGCUGCAGUGUGUGUGCUACCACCUUGCGCCUGGCCGCCUACGCCUUCGACGGUGAUGAAGGCAAGUUUUUCUGCAAGCCUCAUUUCAUUCACUGUAAAACCAAUACUCAACAACGAAAGAGACGGGCAGAGUUGAAGCAACAAAGAGAGGAGGAGGGGAUGUGGAAGGAGCAAGAAGGCCCUCGGCGAGACCCUCCCACGGAAAGCUCUUGCGCAGCUGCUGCCAUUGGCUCACCAGCCGGCAGCCCCCCAGCAGAUGAGCCAACCUCCCCCAAGAAGCCCAAGAGUGUCCCGGAGCCAGAGACCAGUGAUGUGGAAGGUGGAGUCACCUCUCCCCUGCCUUCCGAGUGGACCUCAGUGAGGAUCAGUCCUGGAGAGGAUGUGGUCGGGCAGGACGUGCUGGCUGUGUGUGUCCUGGUCACCAGUGAUGACAGCAGCUCUGAGGUAGAGCUGGACUGCGGCAGCAGUGAGGACUCUGGUGGAGAGAGACCCCGGCGGCCGGAACCCCCACUCCUGCAGAAGCCCCUCACCCAGCACACCUCCCUGAAGGAGGCCCUGACCAGGGCAAGCUCUCCGCAGUGCCCUGAGGAACCCAGAGCUCUGCAUGCUCUGCAAAGGGCCAACAGCUUCCAUUGUCCAACACCCAGCAAAUACCAGAGCUGGAGAAGAAAAUUCCAGUCGAGUUUGACAUCAGUGAAUAACAAAAGAACUGUGUUGCCUCCAAAGGAAGUGUCUCCUUCUCUUUCUCCUUCCCCGUUGUCUUCUGCUUCGUCUUCCCCACCAUCUUCUUCAGGCAGUGUCCCAGGGAAUCCUCUGGAUUGUUCCUUCCCACCUCAGCAGGUCUCAAGAGGUCAUUUCAGUCCUUCCACCCCAAUCUUUCUGAGGCGAGCCAGAGCCCAAGGAAUACCGAAGGAAAUCCCUCUAUAUCUGCCUCACGGCCAAGUGCUAGAGCGGGCAGAAUACUGCCUGGUGAGGCCUGGUGGAGAAGGCCUCACAAGCCCCAGGACACCUAGCCCUGCAGAUACGGCUUCUGAUGGGUGUCAGGAAGCAGAGGCCCCUCUUGGGGACACCAGAAGCAUCCACAGAGGCCCACACCCCAUUGGGGGGAAGGAAGGAUGUUUGCCAGACCCAGAGAUGUCUCCCAGGGCUGGAGAGGACUCAAGAGACGGGAGCACUGAUCCCAGGAGGGGAGAGGAGGGUGGGUCAGAGCUCGCAGAGGGGACAAAGUUGGGCUUAAAGAAGUUGGUUCUCACUCAGGAGCAGAAGACCAGUUUGCUGGAUUGGACUGACUCUAACCCUGAGGGCUUGUGCCUGGAAGCUGGGGCACGGCUUUCCCAGAAAAGUGCUGAGAAUGGUAAAGGAGGCCGGGUGCUGAAACCAGUUCGUCCCUUGCUCCUCCCUCAGACAGUGAGAGAGACCCUGCCAGCGCAGACAGAGACUCAGGAGAAGAUGGGGACCCCAGCUGAAAGGACUCCAGGGGAGCAAAGCGUGACUGCACCUAAAUCCCCACUGCGGUUCAUAACAAAUGCCAUCCGAAGGUCUCUGGAGCCCCUGCUCCCCAACUCCGAAGGUGGGAGGAAGGUCUGGGCCAGACCAGAAUCAAAGAUUUUGCCCACCACCCAUCCACCCACUUGCACUCGCUCAUUCAGCCUCCGGAAAAUCAGCUCCAAUAAAGACUGGGACCCGCAGUCCCCCAGGAGAAACAUGGCAAACAGGGCCGCAGCCUUCUUCUCCUUGCGCAGCCCAACAGCCAAGGCUGCCCAGCCCUCAGACUCUGGCCCUCCGGACCCUAUCCUCCGCACACAUAGUUUGCCUAGCCGGCCAUCCAAGAUGUUUCCUGCAUUUCCCUCCCCACCCUGCAACAAGAUGGAAGAUGUCCCCACACUCUUCGAGAAAGUGAGUUUGCAAGAAACCUUCCCGGAUGCUUCUAGGCUUCCAAAGAAAAGAACCUCAGUCUUUUCUUCCCUCAGACUCAAAGACAAAUCUUUUGAGAGUUUCCUCCAAGAAUCCAAACCAAGAAAGGACCUCCAGGACUUCUUUAACAGCCCCAAGGGGAAGGUGCUGCCUGUGGACAAUGCACAGCCCCUGGAGAAGCAGGUGCAGCUUUUCAGUAGCACCCGCCUGGGGCAGAGGAUCCAUCCUCCUUUUCUAGAGCGAGAUGCAAGUCCCAAGCGUGUCCCCAUCAGGGCGCAGGUGACAGAGCCUGCCUCUUCCACCACCUCCUCCUCUGCAGAUGAAGAAUUUGAUCCCCAGCUUUCUUUGCAGUCAAAGGAGGAGAAGACACUUAGAAGAAGAAGGAAGCUGGAAAAAGCAACAAAACAAUUGGUUAAGCAAGAAGAGUUGAAAAGGCUUCAUAAAGCUCAGGCCAUCCAGAGGCAGCUGGAAGAGGUGGAAGAACGACAGAGGGCUUCCGAGAUCCAGGGUGUGAGGCUGGAGAAGGCGCUCAGAGGAGAAGCAGCAGAUUCAGGCACACAGGAUGAAGCACAGCUUUUGCAGGAAUGGUUUAAGCUGGUUCUGGAGAAGAAUAAAUUAAUGCGAUAUGAGUCGGAGCUACUGAUCAUGGCCCAAGAAUUAGAAUUAGAAGAUCACCAAAGCAGACUGGAGCAGAAAUUAAGAGAGAAAAUGCUCAAAGAGGAGAGCCAGAAAGAUGAGAAAGAUCUAAAUGAGGAGCGAGAAAUAUUCAACGAGAUGAUGCAAGUGAUUGAGCAGAGGGACAAACUCGUGAAUUCCUUAGAGGAACAACGCAUAAAAGAAAAGGCUGAAGACCAGCACUUUGAAAGCUUCAUAUUCUCCAGGGGCUAUCAGCUGAGCAGGACGUGAACAGGCCCAGGGGUCCCCCCUCCCUUGAAGGAAGCCGAAGACCGGAUCCGGCCAAGCACACCUCACACACUCCUAGUUCCUUUUGCAGGAUUUGUUAUACCCUCAACUUAAGUUAUACACUACUGCAAUAUGUUUUUAAAAAUUAAAAUUCUGUCAUAUGUGCUCCAGCUUCCCCAGAUCCUUCCAGAGGUUAUAAUGAAGAAAAUACAAAGACGCUUUUGAAAUUGGCAGUCAAAUUCAGCAGGUCUCUCUGAUUGGAGGUGACUUGGCAGAGGAUCAGCAUUGUUUUCCCUAGAAAGUGACACGGAGAUUGACUUUCCUGCUGCUUUUAGCAUUUGUCUUCCCAAUUCAUUGAGUUACACAUCUUAAGAUUUUAAAGAAGCUGCCUUUUCAUUAAUAUAUCCAUAUUUGCCUUUUUUGCAUGGAUGAGUGGUUUCCAAAUGUCAGAAGGAAGCAGCAGCAGUUUAAAGAUUAGGUUAAUAUUUAAAUUGUGUUUCUAGAGAAAGAGGAGAAACCUCGAGAUUACUGAUUACAGAAAGCAAAUAACUCAUAUAGCAGGUGUUAAUUCAAUCCAGGGUGAAUUUAAUUUACCAGGUGUAUUUAUAAGCCUUAAUAUAAUAUACAUAUGCAAUGAGAGUCUAAUAGAACAUUGGAGCCUUAAUUUUAUUUUUAGAAAGAAAGAAAAAAGGAAAUAAAACCUUAACUUCAUACCGGCAGGAUCCUUAGUUUUCCCCAAAACUAAGGGGAAAAGCUUUUGUUGGCGUAGAAAAGCUUUUUUUAUUCUCAGAGCACUGUCCUAUAGCCCCUGGAACAUACUGGAAGGCGUUUUUAGAAAACGAAUAAUUUUGAAGUGCUUUUUUUAUAACUGUUGGUAAUGGCAAAAAGGGAAACUCAUGUGUUGAUAAAAUAUGGGUGAGGUUGGUGCUGCUACUAAAAACUCACUAGUGACCCAAGGCAAGUAUACCUCCCAAUGGUGGUCUUCUUAGGUCCAAACAGAGAAGUGCCUCUGAGAC